CAUUGCGCGAAGAGCAGCGAGCCAGAACAAAAAACAAAGCGUCGCCUUCGUCAUUCACUUUGCCUCCUGCUGUCUCGCCUCGCCUUCGUCGCUGCUGCCGCUUGUUGCUUCCACGACCAGUCUCAGAAUGCUGUCACGUCUCCAGACUCGCCAGACCACGAGCGCCCUCCGUGGUGCUGUCCGCUGCGCCUCCACCGGCCUGCCCAAGGAUGUGUACAUCUGCAGUGCUGCGCGCACGCCCAUUGGCUCCAUCAACUCCAGCCUUGCUGCUGUGACUGCGCCCCGUCUCGGUGUCAUUGCCGCCCAGGGCGCCAUGGAGCGCGCCGGCCUCAAGCCCGAGCAUGUCGAGGAGGUCUACUUUGGCAACGUCAUCUCCGCCGGCGCCGGCCAGUCUCCAGCGCGCCAGGUUGCCAUUGGCGCCGGCUGCCCCGUGUCCACAGAGGCCACCACCAUCAACAAGGUGUGUGCCUCCGGCAUGAAGGCCAUCAUGAUGGCUGCACAGAACAUCACCCUCGGCGUCCGCAACGUCAUGGUUGCCGGCGGUAUGGAGAGCAUGUCCAACGCUCCUUACAUUCUCCGCAAGAUGCGCGCAGGCGCCGGGUACGGUCACCAGACUGCGGAGGACCUCGUGCUCGCCGAUGGCCUCACAGACGCAUACAACAACAUCCACAUGGGCCUUUGCGGCGAGGAUACGGCAGAGAAGUACAACAUCACCCGUGAGCAGUGCGACGAGUUUGCCAUCGAGUCGUACAAGCGCAGCUCCAAGGCGGCCGAGUCUGGUGUCCUUGCAAAGGAGAUUGUCGACGUCAACAUCCCCCAGCGCAAGGGCGACGACAAGGUUGUGUCUGUGGACGAGGAGUUUACACGCAUCAACUUUGACCGCAUCCCCUCGCUCCGCUCCGUCUUCAAGAAGGACGGAGUGAUCACUGCUGCGAAUGCGUCGACGCUGAAUGACGGCGCUGCUGCUGUUGUUCUCGCGUCCGAGGAGGCCGUUGCCCAGCACGGCCUCACCCCGCUCGCAAAGAUCAGAGGUUUCGGCGACGCCGCCCGCGCCCCGAUUGAGUUCCCCAUCGCCCCUGCACUCGCCACUCCAAUCGCACUUGAGAACGCCGGCGUCUCUGUUGCGGACAUUUCCCGCUGGGAGAUCAACGAGGCUUUUGCUGUCGUCGUCCUCGCAAACAUGAAGAUGCUGAACAUUGAUGCGAGCAAGGUCAACAUCAACGGUGGCGCCGUCUCCAUCGGCCACCCCAUCGGCAUGUCUGGUGCGCGCAUUGUCGGGUCGCUGGUGCACCAUCUUGAGAAGGGCGAGCUUGGCUGCGCUUCCAUCUGCAAUGGCGGUGGUGCCGCUUCUGCCAUUGUUAUCGAAAAGCUCUAGCUGGCCUUGUUGCUGUUGUUGUUGUUGUUGUUGUUGUUGCUGUGAUUGUUGUUGUUGUUGUUGUUGUUGGUCAUCACUGUGGCGUUGCUGUUGCUGUGAUUGUGUCGUGCUUUGUGUUGCGUGGUGGUGUGGCGUGGUAGUCUUUCUUUUGCCUUUUGGUCGUUCCUCUGUUUGGAUUGGUGUGUUGAUUUGAGGAAAGCGAGAGAUCACACGA